GAGUUGAUUUAUUGAAACCACUGAUUAUGAUGCACAAGCAUCUUUAAAUUCAGCAUCUAUAGAGAAAGAAACGCCACUCUUAUAUUUCUCUCUCUCCUCAUUUCUUUCUGUAAUUUUCCUGUGGGCACGAACGUAGUCAGUUUUUACAGAGCUAGGUAGAAAAAAGAAAUGAAAAAGAGGGUGUUUAGUGGGGGGCAAAGAUAAAGUGUUCCCACUUUGAGGUGGUAAAAGGGAAUUCAUAGACGAAAAAAACACUCAUCACUCUUUUUGUUUUCUUCUUCACUAUUUUCUUUUUACUGGUUUUCAACUUCAGGUACUUUUGAUUUUAUGGGCUUUGUCUGCAUGUAUUGCAUUGAAUCUAUAUGAUGAAAGGCUACCAGUUUUCAGUUUAUACAAGCCUUGUGCUUUCUUUUCUGUGUUCUUGGAGGUUAGUGUAGGAAAGUUGAGAACAAUCAAAUCAGAGAGUAAUUCCCCAUUUGUUCAGACAACUAGUUUGGUAUUUUCUUCAAGUUCGAUUCUUGAUAGUUUGACUGUAAUAUGUGCUACUAUUAAAGAUCGGUUUUUUAUUGUUACAUUUCCUAUAAUGAUUGUAUGAUUAAACUCCUCAUUCACACUGUGAAAAAAGAACCAGUUCGAUUCAUUUGUUGAUAGAGCUUUUCCUAGCAAUUUAAGAGAUUGGUAUUGUGUGAAAGAAAUUCUUGAACAAGAGCUCCAAUGGAAGAUUACACCUCUCUGCAAUCCCCAAAGGAGCAUUACAGACAGCCCAUUUCCUCAAUUUUCACUUCGCCUAGGUUGCUCACUAGUUUUGUGUCAAAGGGCUCUCUUGAAACUGAGUCUUUAACCAGCCCAACUUCAAUCAUGGAUACCAAACCGUUUUGUGCUCUAAGAAACCCCUUUAAGUCUGAAACAAACUCCCCCAAACCAGAAGGCAAGAACCAUUGGGAUAAAUUGGAGUCAAGAGGGGUUAGCCUUGGCCUUAUAGAUGCACUGAUUGAUGAGAACUCACAGUCGAAUGUGUCAAAGCACGAUAGCCGGAUGGUCCUCUUUGGAUCACAGUUGAGGAUCCAUGUCCCUCCCCUGCCUCCCUCUGUAGCUUCCCCAACUGAUUCCCCCAAAUCCCCCUGUGAUUUUGGCAUCAAAACUAGGCACUCUCAUGUGGGCUCACCCUCGCCCUCGGCUAAUCUGAAGAGAUCCCCCUUUGGCUCGAUGAAUUCGGGUGGUUUUAGUAGUCUCUCUGCUAGUGAGAUGGAGCUCUCGGAGGACUACACAUGUGUGAUAUCUUAUGGCCCAAAUCCAAAAACUACACACAUAUUUGAUGAUUGCAUUCUUGAGAGCUGUUGUGGGGUUGUCAAGUUCUCAGAAUCAAGAAAGGAAAAUGGCCAGUUUUCGAUGAAUCAGUCGAUGAGUUACCCCUCUGAGUGUUUCCUUAGCUUCUGCUAUAGCUGCAAGAAGAAUCUUGGACAAGGGAAGGAUAUUUACAUGUACAGGGGUGAGAAGGCAUUCUGCAGCAGUGAAUGCCGGUGCAAGGAAAUGAUGCUUGAGGAGGAGGAGGGGUCGGAAACUUCUGAUUCCGACCACCACGUGUAUAAUGGUACUUCCUCGUGAAGCUUAUUUUUUCGGCUUCCUCAUAUGUUACUGAUCCCAUCAAGGGUUGAUGAAUUGUGAUGCAAGAUGAAACAAAUCAAGAUUGUGAGAUGUUACAAAGGAUUGAAUCUUGUUUUUUUUUAGCCUUUUCCUUAUGAUCAAAGGUUUUUUAUUUGGUUUUUGUUGGGUUGAUGAUGAUCACCAUGUUGUUAAAGUGUGAAGGACUGAUUAGCGUGUUAAUUGCUGUUAUAGUGUAAAUAAUGAUAAUAAUAUCAUAAUUUUGAGUA